UUUGAUUUCAGAGCCAAAUUGACUUUAGCCUCACUUAGGUGUGAGAAGUCAGAAAGAUGUGUGGUUUUGAAAGCUGGUUUCUAAUUUAAUAUGGUAGUCUCGGUGGCGUAGUAUGAUCAAGAUCGCUUUUCUUGCUCGCUCGUCUAUCAGUUUGUGUAGAAGGCUGCCUCCAUUUCCACCAACUUUCACUUUUCAUAGACAAAAGGGUUAUUGUCUUCCUUGUGUUAAAGAAAUCCUCUCAGUUUCCAUAAGAAAGACGCUCUCUUUCUGUUACUUUCCCAAGAAAAACUGUAUUCUUUCUCAAUAGGAGCUGAACUUCUUUGAUUGUCUGAAUGUAGUGACCAAAACCCAGGUUAAAAUUUUUCAUUUUCUUUUUUUUAUUGUAAUCUAACCCUUGCUUUCUGAUCACACUCAUGAUUUAAUGUUAGCAGUCUUCCAUUUUAUAUUUCCCACAUUAAAGUAGCGAGUGCAUGAAGCUUAAAGUUUAGCUUUCGAGUUUUUUUUUUCUCCUUUUAUUUCUAUCUUAAAAUGGGAAAUUUAUGGUCUUGUAUCUGUUUAUUGUUUCCUCUAAUUAUCUUGCUCGCUCCUGUUUCAAUUGGACAAUUGUCUCCCAGUGAAACCAGAACUCUUUUCCAAGUUCAGAAACUUCUUGAACAUCCUCAAGUGCUUCAAGGAUGGACAAAUUGGACCAACUUCUGUUAUCUCCCUCCCUCGCCUUCCCUCAAGAUUGUUUGCUCAAACAAUCAUGUAACAGAAUUAACUGUAGUUGGAAACAAAAGCUCCCCAUCUCAGAGCCCAAAACCAAUUGAUUCAGUGAAUUUCUCAGUCUCCCAACAAACUUUGUCUAAGAACUUCUCUAUCGAUGCUUUCUUCACUGUUCUAACUAGGCUUUCAAACUUGAAAGUAUUAUCACUAGUUUCCUUAGGAUUGUGGGGUCCAUUACCUGCCAAGAUUAACAGGUUUUGGUCUCUUCAAGUGCUAAAUGUUAGCUCAAAUUUCAUUUAUGGGGAGAUUCCUCAACAGGUUAUGUCAUUAAAGAAUCUUGCUAGUCUUGUUUUAGCCGAUAAUUUGCUGAAUGGGAGUGUACCAGAUCUCGAAAGCUUAGUCGCACUUCGAGAGCUGAAUUUAAGUGGCAACCAUCUUGGACCCAGCUUCCCUUCACUGGGUAACAAUCUUGUUACUGUAAUUUUGAGUAACAAUUCCUUGAGAUCCGUUAUUCCUUCUGGAUUCAAGAACUUCAACCUUCUUCAGCAAUUAGACAUCUCGUCCAAUAAGCUAAUUGGACCAAUCCCAUCUACUCUGUUCUCUCUGCCUUCAAUUCAGUCCCUUGAUUUAGCCCAAAAUCAGUUGAGCGGUGCCCUGCCAACCAACAUUUCUUGCACUGCUAAGCUUAAAUUCGUGGACAUUUCUCGCAAUCUUUUGAUAGGAAAAUUACCUUCAUGUAUUGCAUCCAAUUCUGUAAAUCGGACCGUCAUUAGUUCAUGGAAUUGUUUGUCUGGUGCAAAUUCAAGUUACCAACAUCAAUUUGCAUUCUGCCAUAAAGAAGCUUUGGCUGUUAAGCCCCCAGCUGAACGUGAAAAGGAAAAAUCUACAAUCAAACUAGGACUGAUACUUGGUAUUAUUGGAGGUGUUGCGGGGAUAGCAGGUGUUCUUGGAUUGUUGAUUGUGAUCAUUAUUAGAAGAUCGCAAACAAGAAGAGCUUAUGGUGGCAAGUUUGAUGGAUCUUUUGCUGAUAAAAUGUCUUUUCGUAGCUCCUCUGUGCCAAACAUUGAUUCAAGGCGUGUGCCUCAGACAAUGAGGUCAGCUGCAAUAGGUCUUCCACCGUAUCGUGUUUUCACAUUAGAAGAAAUUGAGGAUGCAACUAACAACUUUGAUCCAACGAAUUUCGUGGGAGAAGAAUCUCAGGGACAGCUCUAUAAAGGUUGGCUCAGAGAUGGCUUGGUGGUCCUGAUAAAAUGUGUGAAAUUAAAGCAGAAGAAUUUGCCUCAAAGUUUGGUGCAGCACAUGGAGGCACUUUCAAAGCUGAGGCAUCUGCAUUUGAUCAGUGUUCUUGGACAUUGCAUUGUUACUUAUCAGGAUCAUCCAAGUACAGCUAGCACUGUCUUUGUGGUUCUUGAACACAUCUCCAAUGGAUCUCUUCACGAUUAUCUUACUGAUGGGAGAAGGAAGGAUGUCCUGAAAUGGCCGCAAAGAAUGGCAAUUAGUAUUGGAGUUGCCAGGGGAAUCCAUUUCUUGCACACAGGAGUUGCACCUGGAAUUUUUGGGAAUAAUUUAAAGAUUGAAAACGUAUUGUUGGAUGAGAGUCUCACUGCAAAACUUAGUAACUAUAACAUUUCCUUGCCAUCAAAGGUUGGUUCACAGAGUCCUCUAAAUGGACUAGAUAUCCAUAAUCUUAGCAGUGCAAAUGCAGAAAAGGAAGACAUUUAUCAACUGGGUGUUAUCCUAGUUCAAGUCAUUACUGGCAAACUUAUAACAUCCCCAAGUGAAUUGGAAGAAUUAAGGAGUCAGCUAGAAAAAGGCUUAGCUGAGGCGCCAUCAAAACUACGAGCUAUGAUAGAUCCUUCAACAAGGGGCAGUUUCGCAUACGAAUCACUAAGAACUACAGUCAAAAUCACCAUUAAUUGCCUCUCAACAGACUCGAGCAGUAGACCUUCAAUAGAAGAUGUCCUCUGGAAUCUGCAGUAUUCAAAUCAAGUUCAGGAUGGAUGGACCAGUAGUGGAAACCUUGGCACGCAGUUAUAGUAUUGCUUUUUUCUUGAGUUUCAAACCAAUUGAGCUGUUACACUCUGUUGCUUUCCUGUAUCAUUUAUUUAUUGUAUGACUAUGUGAAUAAUAAAGAAACCACCUUGUAUUUA